GAACCGCGCGAGCAGCAUGACGCACAGAGCGGUGUGAAUGUCUCCAGGAAUAUGCGCAUUUCAGGCAUGCAGUAAUAGCCUAGAUAUCUCUGUCAUCCAUUAUUGGAUAUAUAUGAGGUAUGCCCUUGCCUUGAAGAGGAUGAGUACGACUUGUUUCUGCACCGAGAGCUCGAGCGGGUGAGGGCGAGCACUGCGCUGGAGAGCAGUUUGCGGAGUUGGGCAACAGAUAACACGCACCUAAAUGUGCGGGGUUUUCGCUAUCAUUUGUGGUGCCCGUGUUCUAUGUUUUUCUUUUUUUUUCAAACGUGGACCGUAAUGAGAGUUGGCAGAGAGACAGAUACCAAAAUCUAGGCUACUGAAGGCGGUUUUAUAUAUUUUUUAAAUUUUUCCCUAACAUCGCAGUUUGUCUGAUGCAGCACCUGAACUUUUUCCUGUGAGCGGUCGGCUGCAUGAAGCUUAGGUCCUCUGCGAGCCCAUGUCGCGACGGUGGCAACAAAUAGCUUUUUCCUCCCAUAUGUAAGGGAUUUUUUUUUUUUUCAAAAAAUUACCUUUCUCCUUUUCCUUCGUGCAUUGCGACGAUGCCGCACUGAGUCGGUAUGGGAUUCCGGCUGUAACGCGUUUCCGGUGGGCACACACACAGCACGGACAUGCAGCUCGUGCGGGCGGUUUGCGCGCUCGCGGCCGCGGCUUCGGCCCUUCUCCUUAUUCUCCUCUUUCAAGCGCGCUCUCUGCGAGAAGGUCAGCUGGCGGCAGGCACAUGUGAAAUAGUCACACUAGACCGAGACAGCAGUCAGCCAAGGAGGACCAUCGCACGGCAGACAGCCAGGUGUGCCUGCAGGAAAGGCCAGAUUGCCGGCACAACCAGAGCCAGCCCGGCGUGUGUAGACGCUCAUAUCGUGAGGAGCAGACAGUGGUGUGAGAUGAUGCCUUGCUUGGAUGAUGAAGGCUGUGACUUGUUAGUAAACAGAUCAGGUUGGAGAUGUGCACAGCCUGGAGGCAAAGUGAAAACUACUACAGUAUCCUGACAUCAGCUGUAGUUGAGGCUUCUGAGAGAAGGUGCUGGGUGCAGACACUCCACUCCAUCCUCUAUGGCUACAACUACCAUCAACAUUUUCUAGUCUGUUUAUCCACCCAUCAGUAAGGGGAAUGAAGACCUGCUCCUGGUACUUGUGUAGAUGAUCAGAUUGAACCCACAACAGAAUGGAUAAUGGAUCAUUCUCAGAAAUUUAUAGAUGCAUACUGCUGGACUGAACAAGAUUGUGGAUUUGUUUUGGAGCUGACAGAACAUUUUCUCUCCAGUGAUGAUAAAUUUUUUACAGACCAAAGAAAAACUGAAUGGACACCAAGCUUCUAUUUGGAAGGAUUUUGGUGAUGUGAGUUACUAGGGACAAAUAUAAAUGCACAAUUAGACAAAAAAAAAAAAAAACCUGAAUACACAUACACCUGGUGGCACAGAGAGAAAUAAGGACAUUUUAAAAAAGUCUUGAAUUCUCAGUGCAUCGUUCUUGGAUUUAUCAGUUGGUCCUUAUGCUGCAUAAUGAACAUAAAUCAGGUAUUUUGGAACGCGCAACAACAAUGCUGAUGACAUGUGAAAAGGAACUUUGGUGGAAGAUAAUAAAUAUAUUUUCAAAGGCACAGAAUGUAUUCAAUAUUUCUUAUGUUGUAAUUAAAUUGCUUAUUUAAUAAUGUGGUCAUGUGUGCAACCAUAAAAAAAUGGAUUCAUAAUCAGCCAUGCCCUUACCUUUCUGAAAUGAUCUCCUCAGAGCUCAACUUCCUCUGAAAGCAUAUUGAAAACCUAUUUUUUCAGCACUGUAUAAAGUAAAGAUAAAUCUCUCAUUAGAUGCCCUUUGUCAUGAAAUUGUUUAUGUUUCAGCCCAAAGCAUAUGAUAGCUAUCAUCACACUAAGGUAAUUGCUCUAAAAAGCUUCAUGUUCGUAUAUUUGGUAUAUGGUGUGCCUCUGUGAGUUUUGCGUCAGGUUCUGCUUUUGCCCUUGUCCUUCACUUUCCCCGAGUUCAGAGUCUGUGGAGAUAUGCUGCUGUCAUCCAGGCUUCAAGCUUCAUUUAACAUCACUAACAGUCUGCAUACAUUACACAGCUCUUCUUAUUACUGACACAUUGCUGCUGUGGCCAUGUUGAAGUGUUCCCUCACUGAAAGUGAUCAUAUGUCAGUGGUGAGGGGUUGUAUGCUUUAUAGGGUUCACUGAAUAAAUUUCCCAGAACACUGGAGUAUUGGAGGAGAACUAGCACCUGUUUUUCAAUCAAACAUCUUAAGUAACCUCUAUAAAUUACUAAUGUAUCAGUAGGUAUCAUCAUUAUUAGGCUCUUCAAAACCAACUAAUAUAUGUUCACUUAUAAUAUUAUCAGUUCAGCUAAUAUUAAUUUUGAUGACGUUACGUAAUCAUUAAGCUAUUAUUAAACUAUGAGUUAAGAGGCCUACAGAGAAGAAUGAGCUCUUUCCAAAGACAAAAGAUCUCAUACAUUUAUGAUCCUAACCUGACAUGACAUACUGAACCCUCACAAAUUUCAAUACACAUGUCAAAAGCCUUACUCAUUCAUCCACAAAGUAAAUGAAAAAAAAAAAAUACAGACUUGGCCAGUUCCUGUUAAAACCUCAUUUACAUUCUGUCAGCUUCUAUUAAGGAUGAAGAUUGGGACAAUGAGUAAGAAUAUGCAUGGAGAAGAACUCCAGCUGAAGUCUGUUAUGGUAAUCUUGUCACUUCUUACCACUCUGGCAGAUGAUUUCGCCUCAAUUUGAACUUCCUCCUGAGACAUAAACCAAUAAUCAUCUAGUCUGAAAACUUGCUUUAACUUUAUUAUGUGAUUACUUGUCACCAGUAUCAGGCAUGGAUUAGUGGCACUUAAUGCUGUGCUACAAAUAGAAAUAGAAAUAGAGUUUUGGCAUAAAUAGAAAAUCUUCUGUAAAGCUAAGGGAGAGGCAUGUAUGUAGCUAAUCAUACAUCUUUUGCUAGCAUAGAGUCAGUCAUUAGAAAUUUUCUCUAAUUUUGUAUAAGAUAGUUCUAGUAUAUUUGAGGUAAUUCAGACCUUUAAAAAAGUUUUUAAAAAAAUUGUUUUAAUUUUUAAACUAUUAUUAUUUGUAUUAUGGUACAAGUUAGGUAGAAAACACAUUUACUGGUACAUGUCCAUUAUUCUUGUCCUCCUUAUACUAAAUUCUAUUGAUAAGGAAAUGCCAUCUGCAAAUCAAAUGGAAACAAUUAGAACAGGCAGAGAUGCACAUUGUUAACAGGAUCCAAUAGCUCUGUUAGUGAACGUCAUAACAAAUGGCCAGGUCUCAGCUGUGCUUUUGAAUAAACUCGAUUUUUCAGAAUUGAAGGGAGAGAUUAAAAGUGAUGUAUGUAUAAUUGUGAAAAAUCUAAACCUGGAUGCUUUUUAUAGUGCAAAUUUGAGUUUAAGGGGAAACCAGAAGAGAACUCUGCAAUUAUAGAUAAUUACGUAGCAAUUAUAAAUUUGCAUGAUAAAACCACUGCUUACAUAAUGACCUGACCAACAACUUUGCACCUGGAAUCAGCACAAGUAGAGGAUGGCAGUCUGCCUCAGAGCAGGCUACAUUUUCAAAGAUGUACACACACUUUUACCUUAUGUGUUGUAUUAAUUUCCCUCUCAAUAGAGCUGCUUCCAAGCACAUCUAGAAUUGUCCUUCAAGCAGAUGUAUUAUUCAGCAAUUAAUUAUCUGUAGGCAAUGCUGUAAUUCCCCUGCUAAUUUGGACAAACAUUCAGACCUGGUCCAUUUGAAUCACAAACUUGUUGAUAUCACUGGGCAGUGGUGGCUCAACAGUUAAGGCUCUGGGUUACUGAUCAGAAGAUCGGGUUCAAGACCCAGCACUGCCAAGCUGCCACUCUUGGGCCCUUCAGCAAGGCCCGUAACUCUCUCUCUCUGCUCCAGGGGUGCUGUAUCAUGGCUGACCCUGCACUCUGACCCUAACAAGCUGGGAUAUGCAGAAAUUUUUUUUACUGUGCUGUAAUGUAUAUGUGACA